UAGCUUAGGUCAGCUUUGAAACAAAACAUUAAAAGUUGACUUGACGUUGAAACUUUCAACGGUGGAGCGACGAUAGUAAAUAUUUCUUGUUUAUAAAUUCAUAUAGUUUUCAUGAUUAAAGAUAUAAAAGAAAAAUGCCACGAAUAAAAUCCUCGAAAUUUGUUAGUGGUAGAAAAGCAGUUAAGUCUUGCGCUUAUACAUGCUCAAGAAACACGUUAGCUGCAAUAAAUACAUUGUUUAUAUUUUUAGGAUUAGUAUUGAUUGGCAUUGCAGCAUAUGGAAAAAAAACUGCUUUCCUUGUAUCUGUUCCUGCUUUAACUGGAGUGAUAGCAUGUGGUGUAUUUAUUCUUUUAAUUGCAGUCCUUGGACUUGUUGGAGCAAUUAGACAUAACCAAGUACUAUUGUUUUUUUACAUGGUGGUUAUGAGCCUGAUGUUUAUAUUCCUUAUUGCUUUCUCUGUUGCUGCUUUAGCAGUUACUCGAGAGCAGCAAACGAUUCUUAUUAAAACAGCAUGGAAUAUGAGUGAAAGCCAGCGACUGGUUGUAGAAAAAAAACUAGGCUGCUGUGGACUUUUUACAAAAGAAAGAGAUAUUAGUGAAUGCAACUAUAUUGAUGCUUGUAAUAAAAAUGGCAGCAAUGUUAGUUGUCCUGCUUGUUAUGAUGAAUAUCAGGAACUACUCGAUAAAGCUCUUACUGUGUCUGGUGGAGUUGGAUUAUUUUUCUCUUUCUCAUUGCUCUUGGCUGUUUAUUUAACUGUUCGUUACCGAAAUCAAAAAGAUCCCCGUCAAAAUGCAGAUGCGUUUUUGUAAUGUUUCAUGGUUUCUAUAUAGUAUUUUUUUAUUAUUA